UACUGCUUCUCCACAAACCACAACAACAUCAGUAGCUACAGAGGCCACAACGACUACAGCUUCUCCACAAACCACAACAACAUCAGUAGCUAUAGAAGCCACAACAAAAGUUCCUCCAGAAGCCACAACAACAGCUGCUCCUGAAGCAACAACUACAGCAGUUCCAGAUCCCUGUGCUUCAAACCCUUGUGGCAAAGGAAGCACGUGUGAGGCUCGAGCCAAUAAGGGCUUUGUAUGUUUGUGUCUGGCUGGUGAUAACUACAACAACAAAACACAUCGUUGUGACCCUGCCAAAGUUUUCCCUGGACACAUAAACCUGCCUGACAUAGUAUAUGAAAACAGCAUGUCAGACAAGGCAUCACCAGCGUUCAAAAGGACUGCAGACCUUAUUGCCCAAGAGCUGGACAAGAGUCUGGGAUCUGAUCCUACUUAUGUUCGAUCUAUAGUGCUGGAACUGUGGCCAGCUGACAACAGUCUAUUUAGGAUGUUGGUUGGGAUCAAUGCAUCUGUAGAGAUCAUCUACAAACCAGAAUCUGACAUCACAGCAUCAGAUGUUGUAGCGGAGGUGGAGAAGGCCACUGAAUGCACCGACUGUCCACUAAAAGGAGGAACUUUUGCUGAGGAAGACCUGUGUGAGAGGAACCCAUGUGAUGUAGCCACCGCAAGAUGCUUUUCAACAAAUGGGAAUUUCAACUGCACCUGUAAGGACGAGUACGUUCCGACUGACUUCAGUAACAGAGCCUGUCAUGCUUGUCCCUCUGGACAAAAAGCAGUGAACUCUGAGUGUAUCGAUUGUCCAUUUGGUUAUUCUGGUUUUAACUGCAAUGAAUCAUGGCAGCUCAGCCUGGUGAUUGUCGGCUCUGUGCUCGGUGUGCUGCUGCUCAUGUCCCUUGCUCUUCUACCGUUAGUCACUCACAAGCUGUCAAAGAAAAAGUUGAAGACAUACUCUACUGGAUUCUUCGGAAAGCCCUACGCCAACAACUCUGCUUCCAAGGCAACACUGAUUAAUGUCAACUCAGUCAACAGCCAGGGAUCAGUCUUUGAUAAGGGGUCAGCCAAUGGCUUGGCAGCUUAUACCCAGGAUGGGGUUAUUAGACUUCCACGGGCAAAGGUCAACAACUCCUGGAAGAGCAGCACCAGCCUGGAGACAGCUGCCAGCAACAGUCAGCAAAACCUGUUCCCUGUAGGGAGGAACUUGUGGCUGAACAACGACCAUGGUGGCAGUAACACAUCCACCCAGGCAGAGUCCCAGAACAACCCCAAUGAUCAGAGCGGGGGCUACAACAACCCUUACUACACGCGAGACAAUGAAAAUUAACUUCUCAAAGACUCAAAGUGAUCUUGUCUUUUGCUGACCACCUUCAAUGAAAUUUGGAAUGUGAUUUCCAUUUCGCGCCAUCUUGGUAAUGUCCACUAAUUUUGCACUAAAACUUGAAUCUGUUAAUUUACAAAUAAUUGUUUUUUCGUAUGAAAAUUUGUUCUUCAGGUAAAUUUAAGAAUAUCUUAAUCCGCCAAAUGGGGCUUGUCACAACCAUUGAUGUGGUUUUGUAUAACUUAUUAUAUUAUUGUAUAUUUUUGUAUGUCAAAUUAGUAAUUCAAUUGAUGAGUGAAAUACAUAUUUAAAUUUUCCACAAAUAUCAUAGAGUAGUUCAUUUAGAAAAAAUAAAUGUACCCGCCUACAUUAAAAGAUUUUCUUUCACAGAGAAAAACAAUAGUCAAAUCAUCUUGCUAGUUUUUGUGUUUUAAAUAUAUUUGACUUCCUCAGGCGGAAUACAUGAUUUUUGAUUUAAUAAAUAUGAAUAUUCAUCCAUCUAUAUUAAUAAAUACAUGUAUCUGUA